AUGGUCGCCGAGAGAUCGGAUUAUCCUUUGAGGUUCAACUACGUGAUCUCGACCCUGGAAAAGCAGGCCUCGGUGGAAACCUUGGAACGGCGGAAACAGCGUAAAAAUGAGCAAGGCGCAGCGAAAGACUCAAAACGCAACUGGAAUGACUUUCCAUUAUUCACACAGUGCUGCCUCUGCGUCUCUCUCCCCGCUAAAUACCUGCAAGCUGCACGUAAUCAGCAGAUGAAUGCUAGUAAUCGACGGGGUGGAAGCAAGCCGCAUGCGGGGAUCGUUUCUUUGUGGUUCCCGCAGGAUGACGGGUCAUUCCGACUUUAG